AUGACGGCAACGCGUAGAUGGGCGUGGGGGGCGGCGUUCCUGGUGGCCGCGAGCGUGGUCUGGGCCGCCCCCUCGGACGUGGAGCAAGAAGGCAACUUGGAGAUAUUCAAGAAAUUGAUGACGGGAGACCACGAUGAGGAGCUCUUGGACAUCGAGGCCCUCCUGAAAUGCAGGCCAAACGCCACCAGCGAAGAGUUCGGCAUCUGCCUCCCUCUCGCCCACUGCGCCAACACCGGGGGCGUGCCUGCCGGGACCUGCGCAAAGGGCUUCGGCGUCUGUUGCAUCGCCCAGCGUACCUGUGGCGAAAGCACAAGUUAUACCCACACAAACUUCGUGAACCCCGGGUACUAUAGUUCAGAUACAGGAAGCGGCGCCUGCACACUGACGGUCAACCACGCUUACAAGAAUAUCUGCCAAAUGCGCCUCGACUUCGUGGAACUGGAACUGGCCCAGCCGGACGCCGACGGCAACUGCAACGCGGACUUCUUGACCGUUACCGGGGGGGCCUCCGCCGUGCCCAGGAUCUGCGGGUCGAACUCGGGACAGCACAUGUACAUCGACGUUGACCCAACCUGCGACGCCCUCAAGGUCACGGUUGACAGGUCGGCGGCCCCGCUUGCCUAUCGCUGGUGGAAUAUAAAGGUCACUCAGAUCCCUUGUGAUUCGGAGGAUAGAGCGCCUACCGGAUGCCUUCAGUACUACACAGAGUCUUCAGGAUAUGUCAGGAGUUUUAACUUCGAUAAUUACAACUCUUUUAAUGAUACAGUGAACAGCCAGAUCGCCAGGCUGAACUACGGUGUCUGUAUCAAGGCGAGCGAGGGUUACUGCGGCAUAACGUGGGAGCGAAUCGCAGCCUUUGGGCACAACAGUUUCACCGUCAGCGGAAAUAUGUUGGUUACUACUCCGUCACUUAUCGGUACGGCCACGACUAGCAGCACGGGCGCGGCGUGCACGACCGACUACGUGAUCAUCCCAGGCGGCGUCGACAACAACCAGAACUCGGAGGACAGGUUCUGCGGCCUCGGCUUCCCGGACUCCGUCACCUCUACCAUGAAACCCUUUGUAAUGUACGUGCACACUGACGCAGACGAAAGCUUGGACGUAGGAAACCGUGGCUUCGGCAUGCAGUACCGACAGAUCACCGACUGCUGUUGAUAUAAUGGUGUCUAUUGGCGGUGUGGAUAACUAAUGGAGAGGAGAGGAGGGAUAUGGUGUAUGAAAUUCCCUUAGUUCAAAAAAAUGAAUAAAUAGGUUAAUAGAAUAGAAUAUGAAGAGAAAAAGAGAGAUACGGAGUGAGAGAGAGAGCGAGAGAGAGAGAGAGAGAGAGAGAGAGAGAGAGAGAGAGAGAGAGAGAGAGAGAGAGAGAGAGAGAGAGAGAAGAGAGAGAGAGAGAGAGAGAGAAAGACAUAACGUACAACAAAGAAAUCCCAAGCUUGUUCCAUACGAGCGUGCUAGUGUUCCAAUAACAUAAUUUUCCUAAUUGUUCAGUCCUUUUUUUAAGAACAAUUAUAGAAGUUUAUUUGUUAAAUUACCCAUUGUUUUUUUUUCUUUUUCCUGCUAUUCUUCAUUUAGGUGACACGAAUAUAAUUGUUUGUGUAUAUACAUAGAUGGCUAAUGAAUAUUCAUACAAUUGGUCAUGCAUAUGAAUAAAUGCACAUCUGUCAGUCUAGAUAUGCAUAUCUACCGAACAGAUAGGUAGAUAAAUAUAGAUCUAUCAGAGAAAUAGACAGAUAUGCCUUUCUAGCUGUGUAUAUACUCGUACAUGUCUGUAUAAAUGAAUGUUCACCGAGUUGAGCUUCGCACAAAUUUAACACACUGGCCGUUAGUCACCAAGUCAGUUCCUAAUCCUCCCUCUCUCACCUGCUUACUCUUUUCCUUGAUUUUCGGCAAGAUUGUUUUAGAUUUUGUAUUGCUUUUGGUAAUGAUAGUGACAAUAUCGAUAUUAAUAGCACUGUGAAGCUUCGAAUUGUUCAAAUAGAGAAGUGACACCUUCGUUAUUUUCGUUAUAGCGAUCUGAGGAUAGUGUUUUUUUCUCUUUUUUUUUUGUCAA